UUACCCUUACUUUAAGGCGUCAUGUGUGGUUGUUAGAUCCUCUAAUUUUAUUGGUGUGCCACGCAACAUUUUAGUUGAAUAAAGUCAGGUGACAUUCUAAAAAAAACGUUCUACUUGGUCUAUAAAAAGUUCUAAAAAAUAAUCCUAAAAAAAAUUCUAUAAAAUGCUACUCCCUCCAUCCACUUUUAGAGGGCUUAACUUUUGAAUAUCAUACCAAGGCACUCUAUGAAAACUAGAGAAAAUUUAGGGAUUCACCCAUCAUCAAAGCAUCGAUCUCUUCCUCUUUCCUCAUAUUAAUUUCACUCCUAUAAUUACGCUACACGUAUUGCAUUUUUAUCCUCUCACGGGUCAAAUCUGACAUGCAUUGGCGUGGAGACCAAAAGAAAACGGCUUGCAUGCAUGCAUGCCAUUAAGUGUCUCUAUACUUAAAGGCUCACUCACUCCUUACGAGAGAGAAUUAAAGGCUGCAUGGAUCAAUUAGCUAAUUUGAACUUGUAUAUAUGAAAAAAUGAAAUUUGAGAUUAGGCCUUGUAUAAAUGGAAGGAGGGAGUACCAGAAAAGAAGAAAAUAAAAUAAGCACAGCACCAGACUUCGCACACAUUCCCCAUUCUUCGAGCUCCACAGCCAUGGUCUCCCAGUCCCAACAGCCACCCUCGCCGCCGCCGCCGCCGCCCGAGCCGACCAGCAUUAGCUCUUUGACCGACGACCUCCUCCGUGAGAUCUUCCUCCGCCUACCGGACCUCCCGACCCUUGUCCGCGCGGCCUUCACCUGCCGCCCCUUCCUCUGCCUGGUCCGCUGCUCCCCGGCCUUCCGCCGCCGCUUCCGCGAGCUCCACGCGCCGCCUCUCCUCGCCCUCUUUCUCACACCCUACAUGGACGCCGUCAUCCCUUCCGCCAGCCGCAGCCCCGACCCGGACACCACUGCCGCCUUCGCCGAUUUACUCGGAGACGACGACGCCACCGAGUGGGGGACAGAUUCCCAAAUUCCCUACUACUACGACGGGUACGUCGCCUUCGUCAACCGGAGCACCGAUCAGACUGCCUCCUACAGCCCACUGAAUAUUGGAGCGCCGGCGCAGGCCCUGGAUAUCUACCCCAAGACGCCCCGCGAAGGCAUCGACGCCUGGCUCGAGUUCUACACGCUCCCUCCGGACCAAGAGGGCCAGAGGCCAUCCCGUGUGGUCUGUGUCCGUCACGAUCGCUCAUCGGCGCGCGCGCGUGUGGCCGUCUUCUCAUCUCACGCCCUGAAGUGGCAGAUCUUCCCAGAGUCCAGGGGGUUGCUGCUUGAGCGCGACAGGCGCACGAUUCGUAAGCUUGUCGAUGGGUUCGUCUGCUGGUUAUAGAGUGAAAACUGCAUUCUCGCUCUCAACACUGUCACCUUUCAGUUCUCUUGAAUGAAUCUGCCACCGCCCUUGAGAGGGCCAUACACAUACAUGUAUCGUACACCGCGCUUUGAGCUUGGUCAGACCAAGGAUGGGAAACUCUGUAUCGUGCAUGUGCAGGAAUUCACGCUUUCUGUUUGGCUCUGGACACCCGACGAUGACGGCGUCGAGAGAUUUAUGCUGCACAAGAUGUUUCAGUUGCACACAAUUGUUAAGGAGAUCACUAAGCGUUCAGUCCUGGACAAUGUUGACGCUGGAGGGCAUAUGAACGUUACUGAUGGAUUUGUGUACCUGUCUGUUGUCUAUGACAAGGGUAAGCAAUCUUCUAAGUGGUUCCUAUCCUUCUGCCUGGAAACAGCAGAGGUGAAGUUGCUCUUUGAGAAAACAUGCAGUAUUUACUGCCCUGUUGAUCCAUACAUCAUGGCCUGGCCUCCUUCUUUGAUGCACGACAAGGGGGAUUCAGAAACUGAAGUUGCCAGGGACACUGUUGGAGAUGAUGGUCCUGUGGGCACGGAAGAAGCUUCCCCUGUCCUCUUCACGGCAUUGCAGUUAUUCAAAGAAGCUUUGAUUGAUGAUGACAACGCAAAAUUUGUGGAGAUGGACGCUUUCUUACUUGAUGAUGAGAUUAGCUCCCUUUUGAACAAAAUCUCUACUUUAGAAGCAGGAUUAGCAGCUGGGAGAGACUGUGUGCUGAGAAGAGGUGCUCAUUCCAAUAUCAACGUGGAAGGGAUGGAAAGGAGGAGUUGGUGGGAAAUGUGCAAGGGGAUGUUGGGGAGAGUUUCUUCCCACUUCUUUGCCAAUUGAUCUUGGUGCCUUUCUUCUCACAAGUUAAGCGUCAGUUGAAAUGCAUUGGUAGUUUAGUUUUCGGAUCGUGCGAACGCAUUAUGUGCUAGUUGACUACUAUGUCUAAUAAAGUGUAGCAUCAUCAGUACCUCCUCUAUCUAGUUUGCAAGAGACUUGUAUGUUUAACAUGCAGAGAUUGACCAUUCAGUGUCACCAUCAAUGUAAGUCAUGAGCCUCAUCCUAGUGGUUGUCA